AUGGUGGUGGUGCUAGAGACUCUCAGAGGCAACUGGCGCCCGCGGGUGGAGGAGGGGAAAAAGGGACGUGGGGAGGACCGGCCGGCAGAGGGCGCUCGGGGCUCGCCGGACAACAGUACCACGGGGGAGGGGACCGAGGGUCAGCAGGACCCUGGAGGGGACGGUGGCACCAUCCUGAGGUCCCCCACCCUCCUCCACACCAGCCCACAGCCCCGCGUGAAUGUAGACAUCCCCCCUCUGCGGCAGUGCCAGGGUCCGGCCGCCGGUCCCCGCGCCCCCGUGGGCAGUCCCCUGCCUCCGCUCUUGGCCGGCGAAGUGUAUGAAGGUGGGAGCAACGUGGACCAGUUUGUGACCCGCUUCCUUCUGAAGGAAACAGCCAAUCAGAUCCAGUCGCUGCUCAGCUCCGUGGAAAGUGCUGUGGAAGCCAUCGAAGAACAGACCAGCCAGAUCCGACAGGACCACUGCCAACCCAGCCAUGGCAUCACCGAGAGCCGUUAUGGAGGACCCAGCCCUCCCUACAUGGCCAACCACAAGCUUGUGGCCCCGGAGCCGGUGAAGAGCCUGCCUGUGGCCACAGGGGAGACAAAGGAGGAGGGGCUGGAGGGCCAGAUAAGCCGGUUGGCAGAGCUGAUUGGGAGACUGGAGAGCAAGACUCUCUGGUUUGAUCUGCAGCAGCGCCUCUCGGAUGAAGAAGGCACCAACAUGCACCUGCAGCUGGUCAGGCAGGAAAUGGCCGUGUGCCCUGAGCAGCUGAGCGAGUUCCUGGACUCCCUGCGACAGUACCUCCGGGGCACCGCUGGAGAAAGAAACUGCUUCCACGUUGCCGCGGUGAGGAUGGCAGACGGCCUGACCUUUGUCAUCUACGAGUUCUGGGAGACAGAGGAGGAGUGGAAGAGGCACCUGCAGAGCCCUGUGGGCAAGGCCUUCCGACAUGUCAAGGUUGACACACUGAGCCAGCCUGAGGCGCUCUCCCAGAUCUCCGUGCCAGCUGCCUGGUGCACCUCAGGCCGAGACUGAUCCCUCCCGAGGCGCCCUGUUAAGGAGCCUACUGCUGCCCAACCGCCCCUCCCCCACAGGACACUACCCCUUUUCUAGAGACUUUGGCAAACAGCUGUCUUUUCAGUAUACUAAUAAAAGGAUACAUACUUCCCCCUGCUGUGGCCCGGAGGAGGCCCCUCCCCUGGCAUCCCCACACCUGACCUGACAGAGUGUACUGCCAGGAUGCUGGCAGCACAAAGUUAUUAGCAGGGAUGGCUUCCCACCCCAGCCAGCCUCUGGCCUCCCUGACUUCUUCCUAGCUGAGGCCAGCAGGGCCCACCUCAGAUAGGCAGGCGUCUUCCUUUUACCUCCCUCCUCUUCGAUGGCCCUCUACCUAAUAGGAGCUGUGAGACCCUGUAGUACCCAACCUAGGCUUGGGUAGAGCCCAGGUCCCCAGCCCAAGCUAGGACCACAGCCACCAAAUAAAGUCUGAUUAGGAACAGCGUGUCGUGUCUCUCUCCCUUCCCCAGCUGAAGGCAACUGGAGGGAGGAAGGAGAUAGCUGGGGAUGCCGUUGUGGGCAGCAGAGACUGGCUCUUAACCAGCCCUCCAAGCCUCAGUGUUCCUAGCUGUCAGUGGAGCAAUGCUUUGGGGUAGGCAUCUUGACAAGUGAGUUUGGGUGAUGCCUGGGCUACCUCAACUGUAACAGUUCAGAGGAACAGUGAAGUGGGGCUGGCUGGGUCAUUUGCAGGUUGACGGAACAGGGAAUCAACAGAAGUUGGUAAGGG